UCCUGGAAACAUGCCAGUUUUGCCUCUGGAUGAACUCCAGUUUACAGAAAAAGAUUCACUGACAGGGAAAAUAACAACUUUACCAGCACUGCAUCCCCAAAAUAAAGCAGACCGCUCUUUCGUGCUCUACAAGCCCCUCCCGGGCACCGAAGACCCAGGCCUGGUGGAGGAGUUUUCGGAACGAGCCAGAUUUAUUGCAGAGGAUCUGGAUUGGCUCCUGGCUCUGCCUCAUGAUAAAUUCUGGUGCCAGGUCAUUUUUGACGAGUCGCUCCAGAAAUGCCUGGAUUCGUACCUGCACUACGCCCCCCGCAAGUUCGACAGGAGGACGGAGCUGCCCGUUGAGUUGAACGACCUCGAGAGACACCUUCAUCGGAAUGUUUUCCUAACAUUCCUCCGUAUGUCCACUCACAAGGAAUCCAAAGAUCAUUUCAUAACACCGUCGGUAUUUGGAGAGAUCCUUUACAAUAACUUCUUAUUCGACAUUCCCAAGAUCUUGGAUCUGUGUGUGCUGUUUGGAAAAGGCAACGGUUCCCUGCUCCAGAAGAUGAUUGGAAAUAUCUUUACGCAACAGUCGAGUUAUUUCAAUGAUUUGGAUGAAAUUGUGCCUACAAUUCUUCAGGUUUUCAGCAACAUCCUCAGUGCUUGUGGCUUGCAAGGCGAAGGGGCUUCAGCUGAUCCACAGAAGCUGGAGGAAAGGGUCAGGAUGACUCCAAAGGGACUGCCUUUGCAGGAGCUGAAAGAUAUUGUCCUCUACGUGUGCGACAGCUGCAUUACCCUGUGGGCCUUUCUUGAUGUCUUUCCCUUGGCUUGCCAGACUUUUCAGAAGCAGGACUUCUGUUUCAGGCUGGCUGCCUUUUACGAGCUGGUGAUCCCCGAGCUGGAAUCUGCUAUCAAGAAACGGCACCACGAAAAUAUCAGAGUCUUGUCAGAUUUAUGGAGGAGGCUGUCUCACUCUCGGAAGAAGAUGCUGGAGAUGUUUCACACGGUGGUCCACCAGCUGUGUCUUCAGCCCAUUUUGGAAAGCAGCUGUGACAGCAUCCAGGCUUACAUUGAAGAGUUCCUGCAGAUUUUCACCUCCGUGCUUCAAGAGACGAGGUUUCUCCGUGAUUAUGACGAGCUCUUCCCUGUGGCAGAUGAUGUCAGCCUGCUACAACAAGCCUCUUCAGCGCUAGAUGAAACUCGAACAUCCUACAUUUUGCAAGCUGUGGAAAGCGCCUGGGACAAAACGGAUAGAAGGAAAAAGAUGACCCAGGAUGCGGCCCUCACUGAAACCGCAGCCAGGGCCAUUACAGUGUCCAGUGUCUCAGAGCAAACGGAACACGUUGAGGAAGAGGAUCACCUGGAGUGUGCUGGAGCAGCUGCAGCUCCCGUGGCCUCCGUCUCUGGAGUAGAGCUGGAUUCCCUGAUCUCUCAGGUGAAGGAUCUGCUCCCUGACCUUGGAGAAGGCUUUGUCCUGGCCUGCUUGGAGGAGUACAACUACAACGUGGAGCACGUCAUCAACAACCUUCUAGAGGGCAGGUUGGCCGUCUCCCUACAGACGCUUGACAGAGCAAUGCCUAGGCCUUUGAAGCCAGACCCAACUCCUCUUGUCAGCGCCCGAUGCAACGUUUUCCAGGACGACGAGUUUGAUGUGUUCAGCAAGGAUUCGGUGGAUGUCUCUCGGAUUCAAAAAGGCAAGAGGAGCGACAAAGCCACCACAAAAAGCUUAGUAAACGACAAGCGCCUGGUGAAUGAGCAGAGGGAACGCUACAACCAGUAUUCCGUGAUUGUUGAGGAGGUCCCCGAGUCGAGCGGGUGUGACCUCUUCUCCCGGGAAGAUUACGAGGACGAGUAUGAUGACACCUACGAUGGCAACCAGGUGGGAGCAAAUGAUGCUGACUCCGACGAUGAGCUGAUCAGCAGAAGGCCGUUCACCAUCCCUCAAGUCCUGAGGCCCAAAGAAGAAAAGGAGCAGGAGGACGACGACGACGAAGAGGAGACGGAGGAGAAAGAGGCGGCCAAGCAGGAUCACUUUGUUCAAGAUCCAGCAGUGCUGCGGGAGCGAGCCGAGGCCAGGCGGAUGACCUUCCUUGCAAGAAAAGGGCCAAAGCCAGAUAACUCAGCCGCCGUGCUGGGCAGUGCCAAAGGCCGUGGCCAAAACCGAGACACAGUCCAGGAGCGACGGAAGAAAGAAGCCAGCAAGGGGACGAGAGCAAACCACAACAGACGCACAAUGGCCGACCGGAAGCGCAGCAAAGGCAUGAUCCCGUCUUGAAACAGUGGCGCGCCAGGGUGGCUCCUUUUGCAAAGAUGAUUCUCCUGGGGAAGCACAAAUCCACAUGUAGAUAAAAUUACAGAGACCUGCAAUAGGGCUGGUGCUGAGCAACUUGUGGAAAUUGCAUUGUCAAUAAAUGCUUUUCUUUAAACCGCA